UCCUUCUUCCCUGGGUCCCGCUUUUCUGCCCUCAGUUAACAGAACAGCCUUCCACUUGUUAAGUCAUGCUAACUGGAUCUUGGACUUAUUGCUCAGCUAUGCAAUAGAGAGGAGGAUUAGCAAAGCUCCAGAGCAAGGACCUGUACUUUUGCCGUUUCUUUGAUACCUUUUAACGAUUCUUCUUCGUCUUCUUCACUUGUGUUCCUACAUUUGUGUAACUACUCUCAACAAUGACCAUGUUAUCAGAGGACCAGCCUGUAAGGCCCCAACCCUGCAAGCUCCCGGAGCCGGGCAAACACGUCACCACAUCUUUGCAGCAGUACACCACAGACUACCCUGGCUCCAAAGAGGACUACAUGACCAGCGGAGAGAGCGCCGUGUUUGGGAUUGUGGAGCCCCCCAGACGCUCUCGAGGUCGCCUUAUCCUGCACAGCCUCGUGAUGUUUGGUCGGGAGUUUUGCUACGCUGUUGAGGCAGCCUUUGUGACUCCGGUGCUGCUGAGCGUGGGCCUUCCUCGCAGUCUGUACAGUCUCGUGUGGUUGAUCAGCCCCAUCCUAGGUUUCCUACUGCAACCUGUUAUCGGCUCGGCCAGCGACUACUGUCGCUCCCCUUGGGGGCGGCGGAGGCCUUACAUCCUGGUCCUUGGCAUCAUGAUGCUGAUAGGGAUAAGCAUGUUCCUCAAUGGAGAUGCUUUCAUUUCAGCGCUGGUCAGUGACAGGUCAUUGAAGAGCAUCUGGUCCAUCGUCGUGGUGAUGUUCGGGGUCGUGCUGUUUGACUUCGCUGCUGAUUUUAUUGACGGCCCUAUCAAGGCCUACCUGUUUGAUGUGUGCUCACAUUCAGACAAAGAGAGAGGUCUGCACUACCAUGCUCUGUUCACAGGACUGGGCGGAGCUUGUGGCUACCUGGUGGGAGCGAUGGACUGGGGCCACUCUGUUCUCGGUCGUCUUUUGGGCUCCGAGUACCAAGUCAUCUACUUCUUCUCGGCACUCACCUGGGGCUUCUUCCUCACCGUUCACCUGUUUAGCAUUCCAGAACAAUCUCUGUGCAAGGACCCCUCAGUGUCUGACUGCUCCUCUCCCAGUGCCCUCCACUUACUGGGCUCCCACAGCAAUGGUUACGGAGCACUCAGUAAGGAGCCCAGCUCUACCGCAGCCCCCACAUCUGUUUCAGACGUCAGGCCAAGAUCCUAUUCAGCUUUGGGCGAAAGGCCGCGAUCCUUCUCAGCUCUGGGAGAAGCUAACGCAGUGACAUCCAGUUCCAAGCAGCCAAACAAGGAGCAGAAGAAGAUGACAUUCAGGUCCCUGAUGAAAGCUAUAAUCCACAUGCCAAACCACUACCGCUGCCUGUGCAUCAGUCACUUGCUGGGUUGGGCGGCUUUUCUCUGCAACAUGCUCUUUUUUACUGAUUUCAUGGGACAGAUUGUUUACAAAGGAAAUCCUUAUGCGGAACACAACUCUACAGCCUACGCCACAUAUGAGAGAGGUGUAGAAGUUGGCUGCUGGGGAUUGUGUAUUAAUGCUGUGUCUUCUGCGCUCUACUCAUACGUGCAGCGCUUCCUGCUUCCAUACAUCGGCCUCAAAGGAUUAUACUUCAUGGGCUACUUUGUGUUCGGCAUGGGAACCAGCCUAAUCUGCCUCUUCCCGGAUGUCAUUGCCACACUCAUCCUCUGCAGCGUCUUUGGCGUCAUGUCCAGCACGCUCUACACAAUCCCAUUCAACUUAAUUGCAGAAUAUCAGCGUGAGGAGGAGGAACAACCAAAGCUACAAGGCGGCAAUAAAAGCCCCCGAGGCACCGGGAUGGACUGUGCAGCACUCACCUGUAUGGUCCAGCUGGCUCAGAUUAUUGUGGGAGCGGGGCUCGGAGGUCUGGUCAUCGCAGCUGGAAGUGUAAUUGUGGUUGUCCUGUCAGCCUCCGCUAUGUCUUUGAUAGGCUGCAUUUUCAUUGCUCUCUUUAUCAGAUAUGUGGAAUAAUACUGCUAUAAAAUACAUUUAAUGGUGCUGUGUUAAUAAAUAAACAAAUCCUCCGUGUUAUAUUGUUAGAUGGUCUUCUGAAACAGUGUGCUCACUUGUUUUACGUUUUCUGUUUGCUGUGCAGACAAAGGUGUAACUACUCUCAUCGCAGGAAGUCCACACUUCUUAUUCAUGUUUAUUUUCUCUUUAAUUUCACAUCGAUUUUCUGACAUUCAUCGAAACCAUGAAACACAUUGGAAACAAAAAGAUAAACAUGCUACUUUAAGUUCAUGUCUCAAACAAGAAAUAUAACCAAAACAUAUUCACUGUUACAAAUUAGUACAGUGAAAUUGUAUUUAUGUAAAUUAAAACAAAUUUUAUCACAUUGCCCUGGUAGUCCAGCAGCAGAGUAAAUCACAAGACUAUGAACCUUCUAAGAUUAUUUUCAGCAUUACCACUUCUCCUUCCUUGUCCCAGUCAUAUGACCUACGUCACAAACCUUUAUUUGUUAAAGAAAUAGCAGUACUGUAAUAAAAUAAUGUUGUCGAGUCAUAAAGCAUCUUUAUGCUGUUCAUUUUAUGAAUGAAAAUGUGCAACACCAGUGUGCACAGGAAAAGCUUAGGUUACAAAACAUGCAAACACUGUGAAUGCUGACUUUCUGUGUUACCAUGGAAAUAUGUAAACAUAUAGCCUAAUAGCCUAUAUAAAGACAGCAUAAGAAUGCUAGUAAAAUGGCUGAAUGAUAACAUUAUCUAAUAUCAGUCUACCCUAUGAUAUCUGUGCUGAUGAAGUUUUACUCGCCUCGACAUGCUGGAUCCUUGAAACUAAGUCAAACUGAGAUCUUGACCUACUAUAAGAAUAAUCUGACUCAAGAGUGUUUUUCAUAGGCUGCAUUGUUCUUGUUUUCUUUAUUAAAUAAUAUGGAAUGAUACUCAUUUAAAAUAAACACAAUGGUGCUGCGUUAAUAAACAAAUAAAGCUUCUGUGUUAUGUUGUUAAAAUGUUUGAGGCCUAGUAGUACCAAUGGAGGACUGAAAUGAAAUUCUGAGAAGGAGAGUUAAUCCUUAAACUUGGAAAAAGAAGAUGCAGAGUCAUCACAGAAAAAAGUAUGUUUUGCAUCACAGUAAUGCAGAAUACUGCUGAUUGUACACCAUUGAUCCUAAUAUUCAUCCACUAUACAGGAACAGUGGUUUUGCUGUUGCUCUUUUCUUUCUAACAUCAAACAUUUUGUCAAGACUCUGUCCUGAAGCUAGUUUUGUGUUGUUGUUGUCAUAAUUCCUUGAGCUUGACACAACCAACCAGACAUUAGGAUUUUUGUUAGAUGUCUUCUCCUUUCUUUCUGUACAUGUUAUGUCUGAUUACUGAGUAAAGGCCUCUAGCGCCACAAAAAAUGUCUAAGAAAGAAGAAAAACAUUACACAUCAGUUCACUGUCUAACAAGGGUACUCUGGCCUAUAAUCUUCUGCAGUACAAUUUCUGAUUAUUUUUGCUGACUGAUACGUGGAAGCAACAGCUUACCAAAGCUGUCUUACUUAAGUUUGCUCACAUCUUUUAAUGGCAAGGUGCAGACAUCAUAUUGAAACAUUUGACUUUUAGAAUAAUUAAGCUUAGUCUUAUUCUUAGUUUAGCCACAAGAAUAAGGCAAAAUUUAUUAUUGUUUUGGAUUGGGAUUAGGAAUAGUCUGAAGACAAUUUCAGGUCACAAAUCAAUUCCUUAGGCUGCACAUUAUUUGGGGUGGGAGAAUGAGUUACAAUAUGUUUCUAUGUAUAAAAAUGUAAAACAAAAUAAAAAAUUACAGAGUGAUAUCUCCCCUAAAUGUCUGCCUUCACUAAUCUCCAGGUGGAUUUGAGGCUGUAGUCAGAGGUUAUGAUGUUUACUUCUGAAGUUAUGGUUGCAGACAAAUUAAUCUGUCCUUUACUCUAACCAAUGAUGAGUGGUGAAGAAUGGAGAGUAGACCUUCUCCUGUUUAAAGUCAACCAUGGUGCUUCCUUCCAGUUGAUUAAAGACUAUCUGAUCCUCAGCAGUGGGUUCACUGCUCUGCUUUGCCUCUUAAACACCUACUUUUUCUCUGUCGACAGGAUCAAUAACUGUUUGUGCUGUCAGCAAAUUUUGUAACGUGGUUAGAAUUAAAUCCAACAGAGAAGACAUUUUACAGCAGAGUGAGCAUUAACAGGGUUAAGAUGAAUGCCCUCAAGGCUUCAGUUUUCUGACUGCUGAAAGUGUUAGAAAGUUUAAGUACAGUUGCAGGUUGGAGAGUUGACUUCCAGAAACUGCAAUGUUUUCACCAGCUGUUGCAAAACCUAAAAUACAUUUACAUAUGAUGAAAAUGGUAGUUAAGAGAACAGUUUCAAUCCAGCUUUUUCCUUUGUUAGCAAAAUGUUUAAAUCUUUUCUAAAUGGUACUAUUCAUGAAUAUGAAGUGAUUUAAAGAUAAUUCUAACCAUUUUCUCUAAUUAAUAUGAGUUAUAACAUUUAAUUUCUAUUUGCGAGCAAUGAAGUAUUUUUGAAUUUGAGUUAAAUUAUGAGUUUGUGUGGGAAGUUAAGUCAGAUGUGUCCCAGAUGUCAUGGGUGUCAUUAGAACAUGUCUAUUUCAGAUUUUAAUAAAACCUCCAUGUGUUGCCAGAUUAUUUAUUUGGUUGCAGGUACAGUGAUUUACCUCUGAUUUACCCUGAUCCUUCACUUCACCACCUAGAAAUGAGUUCACUUCAUUUUCCUGUUUCUCUGAAAGUUGUGGUCCUUUCCUGGGAAAGUAAAACGCUUACUGUUGGUUCUGCUGAUCAACUCAGCUUAAGAUGUUUCAUCCACUUGACUCCCCUUAGCAGCACACAGAAAUGAAACAACCUUGGCAGGAAACGUUUCACAUUCACUGCCAAUUUCCUUUCCACCAACUCGUUCAGCCACUCUGGGUCAGUAACUAUUUAGUGGCAGGUAGGAAAUGACAUGAUUCCUUCCCUGGGGUCCUAAAUAAGGUCACUAGCCCCUCUAAGAAAUGGAAAACCUUAUUUAUGUUUUAUAAUAAACCUCUUCCUAGCAAAUGUAACUGUUGAUUUUAGUUGUGGUACGUUCCUGUGUAUUGGGGCACCUUGCGUAUUUUACUCUUCUUUCCAUCUCAGAUUUACAAUAUGCUGUUUUGAAUCAUGGAGUAGUUUUAACAUUUUUCCUCUGAGUUAGAGGUAGGUGCUUCCAUGCCUACGCUGCAGGCAGAGGAUGGAAGUGGAACGAUUUGCAUGGUAACAGAUUACUCUGUCACAGUUGUAAGUUUUGAGCUAGAUUUAAGUCAUUUCAAAGCUUUGAGUCAUCACACUCAUUGGACACAUGUCAAAAAUUUGUAAUUUUGAUGAACAUCUGUGACUUUUUUGGUGCAUAAUCAAUGCCUGGGGUUCUCUGAGGAGUCUGUGGGGUUUGAUUUUAGAGAAGUGUUUUCACAUUCGCCUCCUGAAAGGACACAUGCUGUCAGAGUCAGAAACCGUUCAGAUUUAAGGGUUGCUUAGACAAUUAAAGGACAAGAGGGAACCUAAAAAGCAGUGAUUUGUUCGAAUUGCUUCAAAUGGCCUGCUUGGACUUUGAGAGCGUUCAUUCUCUGAACCAUAUGCUUCUCCUCCUUUCUCCUCUGUGUGGUUUUCACUGUGACGUCGUCUGUUGUUCAUCAGCUGCAGUCGCCAUCGACAAUUAAGAAUACUCUCCGACUUCCACUCGCCUUGUGUGCAUGAACAAACUCUUCUGUCUCGUUUAUGCCUCAUAGUUUUCUAAUAAACAUUUCCCCAUAGCAAACCAGCUCUCCAUUUUGUGUGUGAUGCAGCAGAUUCGUCCCCCGUUGCUUUUCACUCUUCGUUUUCUUCAACUAAGGAAAUGGUCUCUCGGCUGCACCUCAGGAGAUCAACGCUGCCAAGCAGCGUUGAUCUCCAUCCGGACUCCUGUAUCAGUCGCUGCCAGCUCAAUAAGCCUGAAUUUCCAGCUAACUCGUCUGGGUUGGCAUCCUGAUUCAGCUAACCUUAUUUCUAACAAGGAUGAGGUCCAGGUCUAAGACUCUUAAACAAGCCAAAGCCAAGUAUAUUUGUGCAGAAAACCACCCUCUUAGAAACUUUUAACAUUGCCAUAUGACUCAGCCACCAUGUGUUUGGACUCCUAGUUAAACAUGAAAAUAACUGACCUGAUAUAACUUUUCAAAUUAUUGACAUUUACACAAAAGUCAGGAGCAACAACCAGCAUUUUACAGACCUGUUUUGUGUAGCAUUUAAGUGAUUUUUAUUUUUAUGUGUGCAUGCGUCCUGUGUGUCAAAUGGUUUUCUGUUGCAGAGCGGCAAUAAAAAUAACUGCUGUUGUUGCUGCUUGUUUGAACGUGUAUUUCAUUGACCCUCUGGUUGGAAGCUGUGUUCUCAGAAGUGAGAGACCACAUUGAUGAGCCUCCCUGUGUUUGUCCAGGAAGAUGUGUUCAGCCACAUGUGGUCUUUAUUAUUAACAAAUGAGCUGUAAAAGUGGAAUCACAUCAGCUUGUAUCUGAAAAGGAAAUAACACAAUAUGUUUAUGGCAUGGUGGCUUGCUCAUCAGCAGAGAAGGAGGAGGAAGAGAAGUAGAAGUAAUCCUCGAACUUAUCCCAAAAGUAAGAAUUAAGUUCCAAUAUUAAAUAAUGUGCUUAUGUUUUAUACAAUGUUAGCAGAAUGUAAUUAAGUGGAAUACUUAUUAUUAUUAUUAUUAUUAUUAUUAUUAUUAUUAUUGCAAAAAUGUGUUAGUAGGGUACUGCCUUCAUCUGUCCUUGUGAAUGAAGAGUUGGGGUGAAAAACAAAACUCUUAAUUUUGUGGAUUAUCUGCAUUCAUUUUUGGGAGUUUUUUUUUUUUUUUGCAUUUGCAAUCAAUGUGGAGUUAUCUCCAUCUCCAUACAUUUGGAACUGCAGUACAUUUUCAUUUUUUCUUGUUCCAGAGAUUUAAUAAUUUGCUACUUUUAAAUUGGUGGAAGAGAAGCAGAAUGUGGGUCACCUUGUUUUUGGGGUGGUGAUUCAGCCCUAUAGAAAUCCAUGUUAUGGGAUAUUUAAAAUAAUUUAAAAAUUACAUUUGGUAACAUAUUGCUAUUUUCCUUUGUACUUUAGUACAAUGAAAAAUAUUUUUGAGCAUCUCAAAUAAAAAGAACAUGGCAUUACCACCAGACUUUUACACAGGUGGAAGCUUAUAUUGUCCAGCAUUUCUAAAAUAUUUCAAUAAGUUUUUGUGAGGUUUUUCUUCAAGGUUUGAUCUCAUUUGUCCAAAGCACAGCUGCAAAAAUCUUCUGGAAAGUAAGAUAGUUAAGUUUGUUAUAAACAGAAAUGCAUUAUGUAAAAAUAAAAAAAAUUAAAAUUCAGAAGUAAAAUGAACAAACUUACAAAAAGCUACUAUCACUUGAGGUAACACAUUGAAGUUAUCCUUCUCUCGCCUUCACUCCCCUGCAUUUUGUUUGGGGGUGUUGCAGUGAAUGGUUUAAAUACAAAUGCCUGCCACUCGUUCAAUAUUUUUAUUUGACACAUCACAGUGCAGAACUACUUUGUGUUGCUCUGUCAAAUAAGACCCUAAUAAAAUACGUUGCCAUUUCUGGUUGUAAUUUGAUAAGAUCUCAAAGGUGAGUUUACUGACAAAUGAAAUGCUCCUUCUGUGUUACAGUAAUACGUUUAAACUUGUAUGCAUUCAAGAUGCAUUGUAAUGCAGGUCUUCAUUACUGGUCAGGAUAAUACUUUAAUUAUGUGUAAAUGAAAAUGAGACGGGUACAAAUAGAUUGACGUAUUUUAUUGGGUGUUUUAUACAGGGCAUCUCAGUGGGUAUUGAGGGUGUCCUGGGGGGAAUAAUAUAAAUGAAGUAGGUAUGGUAAUUAUGAAAUGUAUUACAAAUGUUUGUAGAUUAUGGCUUACCUCUGUCUGUUCCUCUGUAGGGUGUUCAGGCGAAAAGAGUCCCCGGGGGCCUGAACACCUGAUAAAGAUUCUGGAAGAGACCAAGUGCAGAUGGAAGAGGGGGAACAAAGCCUGAGGCAUUUUAGAAGUGAUGAAUAAAUUAAUAUUUAUAGGAGGGUAGUUUUAGAUAGUAAAUGAGUAUGUAACCAUGAAGAAUGUGUGUUAUUUAUGUGUUGAAGAUUGGUUGUUUUGUUAAGUUGUUUGGUGUAUAUGUGGUUUGUUCUACCCUGUCUUUUGAGAAGUGUGUUAAUUGGUGCCGCCCAGGAUUACAAAGCCUGCAUGUUGGCCACAUGAUAGGAGUAAUAGGUGCGGGUGCUGCGACACCUCAUGACCAUGUAAGCAGGAAUGUCAUCUUUGUUAAAUGUUGGAGAUUAAAACACCUGGUUGGUUGCACUA